UCCGUAGCCACUUUGGCCCCAGGCUGUUCUGUAGAGCCCGCAGGGGAGGGUCUGCCAGGCGAGCCGCAGGGAGGUGCCGCGCGCGGGCCAGCAACAACAGAAAUGAUGGGGCCGCCGGCGAUGACGUCGCCCUACACGGGCCAGGAGUUCUCUGACGUCAAGGCGGGGUCCAGCGGCCCCAGCGGGGCCCAGAAGGCUGGUCUCUUCUGCUUCUUCGUGCUCACGCGCGCGAUCCACCCAACCAUCAUCGACGCGUCCAAGACCGUCGACGAGGAGACGGGCAAGCGGGGCCUCGCCUAUGGAAACAUGACCGUCGUCCUCGGCGAGUGCUUCUUCACCCUCAUUGCCGGGGCCUUGAUGGCAGCCGCCAAUGGAAAGACCAAGCUCCUGUGGGACGUCAAGUCGCUGAAGGUCUUCUGCGCUAUCGGCUUCAUGUACGCGCUUGGGGACUACCUGGAGAUGGCCAGCAUGGGCGCCCUGGGUGGCGCCGCCUAUCAGGUUCUUCUGCAGUCCAAGCUCGUCAUCACCGCGCUGAUGGUGUGGUACAUGAAGGGUGAGAAGCAGGCCCCCCUGCAGUGGAACAUCCUCGUGCUGAUCAUGCUGUCCAUGUGCUGCUACAUGAUGGGCGGCAGCAGCGACUCGGGCGGCGGUGACGGCGGCAUCCCCAUCAUGGGCGUGAUCAACGUGCUGCUGAAGGUCACCGUCUCCUGCCUCUGCGCGGUGCUCGCGGACAAGUACAUGAAGGAUUUCAAGUCUCUGCCUUUCUACGUGCAGCUGACGCAGAUGAAGGUGGCGUGGACCCUCGUCAUCCUCAUGAUCUCGUUCACGGACGGCAAGACGUGGCAGGAGGGCUUCUUCAAGGGCUGGACCCCAGCUGUCUGGGGCGUGUUCGCCUCCUUCACCGUGAAGUGCUGGAGCACCAUGGCCAUCCUGUCGCUGCUGGAUUCCGUGCUCAAGAACAUCGGGGAGGCCUCCGCCGUGCUUGUCAUCUACAUCAUGAACGUGAGCCUGCCCUACUUCGAGGAGGUCUUCGAGGUCUCGUCCUUCAUGGCCGUCAUGGUGGUCAUCCUGUCCGUCACCGCCUACGUCGGCUCCAAGGACGUCGUCGCCAAGGCCAAGAAGUAUGACGACCAACAGUACAGCAACAAGCCGUGAGGGCGCCUCGCGUCACGCCGCGCUCACCGCUCAGGAGCGAAGAAGACUAAAGGGCACGCGCCAGGCGCUCGGGGGGGGGCCUGGCGCUGCCCGCGUUUCGCGGCAUGACGCCGCCGGAGUUUUCCUUUUUCCAUUCCCCGCGUUCGUCCCUCUCCUCCCCCGCUCUCCUCCUCCGCCUCGCCUCCCUCCUCCGCAGGCCUUGGCGCAAGUGGCAUGCGCCUCCAGCCGUGCCGUCGGAUGCGAUCGAGUCGGACUCGUCCCCCCCGUCCCUCCUCCUCCUCCUCCCCCGUUCUCCCCCCCUCCCCCCCUCAUCAUCCGUCCGCGCCGCGCCACCUCUGCGAUUGCGCCCGUGGGUGUGACCUUUCACAUGGCGGGGGCGCUCGGAUCCGCAGAGAUAGAA